AUGUUUUCAGAUGAAGACGUUGAUGUCCAGGGAUUGUACAAGAAAUUUGACAUUGCUAAGGAUGGUACGCUGAGUGAUUACUGUUGUGGGUUCAGGAAUCACAGAAUGACUAACAAUCUCUUAGCGAUCAAAGAGAGACUAUUUUCGGCCACGACUGGGGAAGGCCUGAUCCCAAUCAAAAGAGAGAUAAACGAACUAACACGCUGGAUAUCUGGUGUGGACUCGAAGAGGUUCCAGCAGAUUCCUUCUUUUGAUCAAAAGUAUUUUGUGUCGCAAAUUGAUCUUCUUCUGGAGAAGCUGGAGACGCGAAAGAUAGAGCUGGGGAAGAAGAGGUUUGUGUUUAGCUCAAAGCUUCGUCAGAAGGAGAAAUUUGAUGAACCGCCCCACUUAGGUGUAGAAGAUGAGGCUAUCGCUAUAAAGCCUCAGUUUGAAUGCGUUAAUGGGAAAUAUUUGGAGUUAACAUCCACCUCGUCUGGCCAUCUCUUCGUUCGUGACUGCCAAAGCUCAAUACUAAAAGUACCCAAUACUACUUCACAAGAAAUUGUGAAGUCAAUUCACAUCGAAAAUUUCACAGCGAGUAUACUCAUUUUCAACUGCUCGGGUCCGCUUUUCAUAACAGGCGCAGAAAAUUGCAUAAUUGGGGGGAAGUGUAGACAACUUCGUCUGAAAAAUGUGAAAAAUUCAAAGAUUUAUGUGGACAUUUCGAAUACUCAACGGAGGAUUGUUUUUGAGGGUGGAAAAAAUCUUGAAAUAGGCAAAGUAUCCAAUGUUGACUUCGGCGAAAAUUUCGAUUUGAAAUCAGAGUUUGCGAGUGAUAACACGGACUUUGUGGAGGUUGAUGAUUUUGACUUCCCUAGCAAGGCUACCCUCAAUCCACACUUCCGUUACGUCAAUACCGUACUGAGCUUGAGUUGGAUAACCAAUUUGCAUGCUGGAGGACUUGACCAGACUCUUCUAGAGAAACUUAAGCUUGCUGUUUCAAUCCCAUAA